AUAUUUUUCCAUGCAAUGCAUUGAAUGGUGUGUGAUUUCUUUUUACCUGGAAUAAUUAUUUAUUAUAAUAAGAAACUGAGUCUUUAAAUAAAUAGUACUUUUAACGACUUAAGAGUAAGCUUAAUCAUGGAGGAAGUACAACGUCACAGUGUGCACACACUUAUAUUUCGAUCGUUAAAGCGUACGCACGACAUGUUUGUUUCGAACCAAAGCGCAUUGCCGGAAAUUGACGAGAAGCUGCUGAAAAUACGAAAAUCCAUCAAGGCAAAAGACACAUACGGACUCGUGUUUGACCGUGUCUCUAAAGCUGCUGAGACAAAGAAACUAGCAGCAGCAUUGACAGUUGGCGCGCUAGAAGGACCAGAGCGUCCACUUGCCAUUACAGAUGGAAGCUUAGUUGGAGAGCACAACGCUAUGGUGAUGGCAAAUGACAAAGACGGCGGUGUUGGAAUGGAACAGUCCAAUGGUAGUACAUCUCUCGUGGUCGGCUCAGGUGUACGCACUGGCACAACCGGCAGUAAUGUUCAACUGAUACCAAAGAAAGCGCCUACAAUCCCCAAACCGAGUUGGCACGCUCCUUGGAAGUUGUCACGUGUUAUUUCCGGCCACUUGGGUUGGGUACGUUGCAUAGCUGUAGAACCAGGCAACGAAUGGUUCGCAACGGGCGCCGGUGAUCGCGUUAUAAAAAUCUGGGAUCUGGCCAGUGGCAAGCUGAAGCUCUCACUUACUGGCCAUGUAAGCACAGUACGCGGCCUAGCGGUGAGCGCUAAACAUCCAUACCUAUUCAGUUGUGGCGAAGACCGUCAGGUAAAAUGCUGGGAUCUCGAAUACAAUAAAGUUAUACGCCAUUACCACGGUCACUUGUCAGCCGUGUACUCUAUGGCGCUGCAUCCAACAAUUGAUGUACUUGCUACUUGUGGUCGUGACUCCACCGCUCGUAUUUGGGAUAUGCGUACUAAGGCGAACAUACAUACACUCACCGGUCACACAAACACUGUGGCUAGUGUAGUUGCGCAAGCUGUCAAUCCGCAGAUUAUAACCGGUUCACAUGACUCGACGGUGCGCUUGUGGGAUUUGGCCGCAGGCAAAAGCGUUUGUACGCUGACGAAUCACAAAAAAUCUGUGCGCAGCAUUGUGCUACAUCCCACGCUCUAUAUGUUUGCCUCUGCAUCGCCAGAUAAUAUUAAACAAUGGCGCUGUCCGGAGGGCAAUUUUGUUCAAAACAUCUCUGGUCACAAUGCUAUCGUUAACUGCAUGGCUGUAAACGCGGAUGGAGUAUUGGUGUCCGGUGGUGACAAUGGUACAAUGUUCUUUUGGGACUGGCGCACUGGCUACAAUUUCCAACGUUUCCAAGCUCCUGUACAACCCGGCUCAAUGGACAGUGAAGCAGGUAUUUUUGCUAUGUGCUUUGAUCAGUCCGGUUCGCGAUUGAUUACCGCCGAAGCAGAUAAAACAAUCAAAAUUUACAAGGAAGAUGAAGAGGCAAGCGAAGAGACACAUCCGGUCAAUUGGCGACCUGAGAUACUAAAGCGCAGAAAAUUCUAAAGAAAAUCUGUUAUUAUUUUUGGUUUUAUGAGCAGAUAUGAAGUAAAGAAAUUUUAUGUUAAGAAAAUGGACUAAA